CAACAACACUAAAGUCAACAGCAUUGAAGUAGUGUGUGUAUGCUUUUUUAGUCGAAAUUAUUACAUUUAAACACACGUACAUGUAAUUUACACUGUUGAUUCUCUCCUGUGAUAUACAAUGACAACAAGACAAUGUUGCCCUUGUAAAAGAAGGGGUCGAACUUUUAGAGAACGCAGAAAGUCACAUUCCAGACCAACAUCAUGCUCAGAAGAUGGUUCUAUCGUGGAACUAUGCAAAUGGAUGAAAGCAGCUGCAGGCUUCAAGUGUCCCCUUUCUCCUGCCAAUUUUCAAGAUACAGGCAGAGGGCUGCAGACAAAGUCUACAAUAAGAUCUGGGGAAAUAAUCAUUGCACUUCCAAAGAAGCUGUUGAUAACAAAUCAGACAGCUUUCCAGAGUGAUAUUGGGCCUUAUUUGAAAAAGUGGAGACCACUCCUUCUUCCCCAGGCUUGCCUCUCAAUGUUCCUCCUGUGGGAGAGACGUAAGCAGACAGACUCCCAUUGGUUUCCAUACAUCAACAGCCUGCCAGCAACUUUCAACACUCCUCCAUACCUCACAGACAAAGAAAUUUCGUGCCUACCAGAUUCUGUACAGAAAAGUGCCUUUAAAGAAAAAUGGAAGGUUUCAACAGUGUACGAACAGAUCGAGUCACACUGCAAACUUCAUUGGACUGAAUUUUUUGAUAUUCUAGACUUUGAGACAUUUAGAUGGUGCUGGUCAGUUAUUAAUACACGUAGUGUUUAUCUUGAUGGGGGGCUUUCAGAAUACUUGAACAAGUCUGAACCAAACAACAUUGCCCUGGCUCCAUACUUGGACCUCAUAAACCAUUCACCAUCCGCCAGGAUUAAAGCUGACUAUAAUUCAAUGUCUGGAUGUUACGAAAUCACUACAUAUGACUGCUACAGACCAUAUGAUCAGGUCUUCAUUUCAUAUGGUUUUCAUAGCAAUGGACGCCUCUUGGUAGACUACGGGUUUUGUGUUCCUGGAAAUCAUUGUGACGAAGUGCAGAUUUCUGAAGAGGAAAUUAGACAGGCAUGUUUGAAAGAAAAUAUCAGUUAUUUGGAGAAAAAGAUGGACAUUCUGAAAAACAAUGCACUACUUGGUUGCUUCCAAUGCAGAGUGGACGGCAUAGCCGGUCAGUUCUGGAUUGCUGUAGAAGUCUUAGUGAGCAGUUGGGAGGACUUACCCCACUGGUACCGGCUUCUUGACAGGGAGGUCACAGCACAGAAUGCAAGCUGGAAGGCAGUGCAGCUUCUAAAAGCUAUUUUAAAAGAAUAUCUUGCAGACUUAGAUGUUAAACAGGCAUGUUUGACACAAGUAAUUGAAGAAAUGGGAACAACAGAUAGAACAUCAGCCAUUGCAUCUCUGCUAGCCAUCGAGAGUGCCAUAGUAUCGUCAGCACUAACAUCAUAAUCAGAAUUGCAAUGGAUUUAUUUACAAUCCAUGCAAAGACUUAGACUAACGAAUAUGCUUAAACAAGUUGAAAUAAGUUCUAUUGUUGGAUUUGUUGCACAAAAAAAAGUUCUGUUCCUACAAUGGAAAUGGAUUAGGUUAGAGUCUGUUAACCCCAGUGCCUUAAGUCAUUACGAUUAUGUGACAAUUGUGAAGCACUGAUUACAAAUUAAUUAAGAGAGAACUGUGUAUAGUUUUAUUUUACCGCAAUUUAUUAGAGAGGCCCUGGUGAAACAGAAACGCAUCAAUGGCUGUGCGUGCAAAGGUUUAAGAAAUACAAAAUAUUUCCGAUGGUUCCGCUAUGCCAGGGUUCUUUAGGAAAUAUAGUGUCCAUCUGUUAGACGUUGGCCUGGAAAUGUAUUUGGAGUGCCUACGCAAUGAAGUUUGGAAGUUUUCUCUCUGGGUGUAUCCAGAAUUUGUUGUAGCAUGAACCAACAAGGGAGGCAACUCGUUAUGUCAGAAAUCGGCAGUGAACAAAAAGUGAUACUUUAUUAUCUCCCUUAACAUGGGUCUAAAUUAUGUUCAAAAGC